AUGUCUCAACCAAACAGUUUUACCACCAAUCGAGAAUUGCCCGAUUACGUGGGGCCUACAAUCAUACAGGUGGUUAUUACAGAAAUGUUGGUUUUUCCAGUGGCGUGGCUAAAACUACUACCUUGUAGUCCAUGUAGUUGGAGCAUUGCUCCAAGAUUCAUUAAACUACCACACCCGGAGGAAUACGCUGAUUUAACAACUGUUAGAGAUGUUGAUGGUAAUAACAAAGAUAUCAUUCGUAUUCAACGCCCACACCAUGCAGGAGAUGCUUAUUUUUGUGGACGACAUGGAAAAUCAUGUGACUCUUUUAAUGUCCAGUAUGUUUGUGAUAAAUUCGGAAGGAUUCGACAUGUCAUAUCUGGACUAACUGGUUCAACCCACGAUAAAAUUGCAGCAGAAUGGUCUCCUGAAUUCAUGCAGUAUCUGCACACACUACCGAACGACGUCCUUGUUUUAGGUGACCCUGCUUACCGUAAUUUACACCCAUCUGUGAUGCACACAUUUACUGGCGCGAAUCUGACCCAACAACAAUUGCAAUCUAACACACGCACACGGCAGAGACAAAUUGUAGAGAGAACUAUAAGUGCCACAGAAUUAAAAUGGAGGAUGACUCAGAUGAAAGAAAACAGAUUUGCUGCAAGAAAAGGACCAGAUUUAGCAUCAAAAUGUUCCUUCUUCACAAUCGUUACACAAAUUUUUUGUGAUAAAAAUUAUCAAUGA